UGGAAUAGAGAAAAGUUGAACCUACACGAGCCAAAACGACAGGUCUUUCCAUUGUGAAAGUGUUCUAGACUUCCUUCAAAAGUUAGCUGGAUUUUUCAGAAGUUGGAAGAUUUCGAAAAUUUUGGGCUGGGAGGACGAUGUCAGAGAGAAGUCGGAUUGUUGGUGCCGAAUAACGUGGUGCAUGCCUCAGAAAUAAUUUUGGAUUUCUUCGCCGCAAACACCCGCGAGGCUUGAAUUACAGGGGUUUAGUGACACAUGAAAAUCAAAACAUUCUUCAGUGGAAAUUUCUGUGAUACCUUUUUAAAGGAAUUUUAAGGGAUUUUUUAAGGUGAUAAGGUUUGUUGAAAGCCAGGCAUUUAUGCACUACUUUCUCAGAGUUUCAGAGUUAAAAAAUUGCCUCUCUUCAAGUGAAUGAAAACAAACCGAAGACUGUUGUACGACAAAGCGAUUAGUUAAUUCGCCAUGGAUCAGGAUAUAGAAAGUCUUAAAAGUCAGCUAAGCCAAAUGCAGAGCCUUCUCCCAUUAGUUACUGGAGAAGAGAAAGUGGAGAUACAAAAUGUUAUCAGUCAGUUGGAAGAACUUAUCUCAACAGUGUCUGCAUCCACUAGCAGACCCAAUGAGAUUUCAAUUCCAGAUGAUGACGAGUAUGCAAUGUUUUCGGCUGAAAUCGCGUCAAUUGAGCAAGAGUUUAGCAAUCUUAACAAUGGAACUGAAAAUAGCACUGCGACCACAUCCAGCAAGAUCUCUAUAAAUGACAUUGGAACAGAACACGAUGUAAAAGACGUACAAGAACAGGGGUCCACGAUACAAGAAGAACUGUCAGCACUGGAGGGGAUGAGAUGUAUAGCCCCUCAUGAAGAACAAUGGGGUCAAAUUGGCUAUUAUCCCGCAAUGAUCUCAGAAGUUAUAAAUUGUGACAAGAGUGAUUUAGAUGGAAGUACUGAUGAAUUUAACUGUGUAUCUGAAAUCAAAGUACGAGUGAUUUUCCUUCAUCCGGUUGUAAAAAGUCAGCUUAUGUGUCCAUACUUGAAAGACAAUUGCUGCAAGUUCUCAGAGUUUGAAUGUCGAUACUCACAUGGAGAAAUAGUACAAUUUUCAAAGCUUCGUGACUAUAGUGAACCCGAUUACACCAAGGUUGUUCCCUCUGCCCGAGUCCUUGCUAAAUAUCAUGAUGGCCUUUGGUAUAAUGCUACAGUACUAAGGCUUACGAAGGAUGGUAAUUGUGAAGUUCAAUUUGACAAAGACGAUACAUCUUCAAAAAUUGGAGUUGAUGAAACUGUCCCCUUGAACACUAGUGAGAUUGAGUCGUCAGACGAAGAAGAGUAUGAGGACGAUGUCUGUACACUUUACGAGGAUGUAGCUACACAGAAUCUAGAAUGCGACCUAUUGAAGAUAACUAGUGCUGACGUUUUGGGAGAUUGGGAAAAGCACACAACGGGAUUUGGAUCACGGUUGAUGAUGAAAAUGGGGUACGUAAUGGGAUCUGGAUUAGGUAAGGAAUCUGAAGGCCGUGUGCUUCCUGUGGAUGCAAUUAUGGUACCCUUGGGCAUGUCUCUAGACCAAUUUAUGAAUUUAAAAGAGAACAAGAAAAUAGGAAAAGAACGAUUUAGUGUAGAAAAAAAGUUAAAACAGGCUCAUAAACAUCAUGCACACAAAGAGAAGCAACUUUCUGAACGGAAUAAGAAAAUCACAUCAGUCUUUGACUUUCUAAAUAAUAAACUUCACAAAAAGAAAACUGUAACAAGUAUUUCAAGCUCUUUAGGGAAUGUACAGAAAAAGAAUUGUCUGUCACUAAAGCAGGACAUGCUGAGCGUUGGCGAAGAAAUGCGAAAAGUUAACAAAGAUAUUACAAAAAUGCAUCAAUCACUUAAACGAAUCGAAGGAAGGGACGCUGCAACAGAAAAUUUGAUGAAGAGUAAGUUAGGUGAGCUGGAAAUUAGGCGAAAUGAACUAGUCCGUAUUGAAAACAGUAUCAUCAAAGAACAAAAUAAUAGAUCAGAUAAGAAAAAGUUGACAGAAUUUUAACAUGCGUUAAAUUUAAUUUUCUUAAUCUGCAACAUUAUUUUAUUUUCGUAUAUAUUUCUUAAAUUCGUUAUUAGUGUGUUAACCAACUUUAUGAUUUACAUCGUUAAUUAUGAUACCUAUUUAAGUGUGUGUCGCACAAAAUAUUGAAUAAUUAUUUGUUAACCUUAACAAUCGCAUGCUAAGUAAUAAAAACAUUUCAUCUUAAGUAAAA